AAUAUUGUCUUGUCUCAGGCAUCCAUCAGCCUGCUUUAGCGCGCCGGGCAUCGUGCAGGAGGCAAAUGUCUACGCGUCAUCCGAGCCCUAGCUCUGUUCUCAUACCGACGAAUAUCCGCAAGCGGGAAAUUUCUGAUGACGAGGACGGCCCAGACCAAAAGAAAAUCAAGCUCAAAUCCGAAAACACGCCCCAGCCCAAGGACAAAAAGAAGAGGAAGAAGAAGAAGAAGAAGACGCCAGUUGUUGGGCGCGGUGUGGGCGCGCUAACUGUUUCCGUCAGCGCGAGUGCCAACGAAUCCGCUUCUGCCAGCCCUACUCGCGAGAAGAGGAGGACAGCAACGGCACCUCCGGGCCCACUCGUCAGUCCUCCAGAGACAGCCUUGGACCCCGAACCAGAAGCGGCACCGGACCCUUUCAUUGAGACUGUAGCUAGUCCUCGCAUCUUGGCUGCCACACUUGCCUCGGCAAAGCAGGAUCUACAUGCGCAAUCCACAGCUUUGAAGAAUCACGAAGAUACACUGGGACAGCUGAACCAGUCCCUGACUUGCCAGAUCUGCCUCGACCUUCUCCACAAGCCGUACGCACUAGCCCCAUGCGGUCAUGUUUCGUGCUACAACUGUCUGGUGGGAUGGUUCACGAGCGAGCCCGACGAUCACCACGACCGCUUUCUCGGUCCCCGGAAGAAGACAUGCCCCAUCUGUCGUGCCACAAUCAAAGAGCGUCCUGUCGAGGUGUGGAUAAUCAAGAACAUGGUUUCCACCCUCGUCAAAUCGGGGCUUAUCCCCGGCUUAUCAGAGGUCCCGCCUCCCCCGCCGGCGCUCCCUGAUGGCCCUGUUGCCGCGAACGAGCCGCCCGACUUGUGGCACAACAUCUUUCGGCAUGCACACCAGCAUCCCAUGUUCCAUCCCCUAAUGCCCAACGGCGAGCCACCCUCUGUGGAAGACAUGGGCAUGCUGGACAUGGAGGAUGGCGGGGUCUACCGAUGCUUGGACUGCAUGCACGAGAUCUGGGACGGUGUUUGUACGUCCUGUCAUCGUGUUUAUCCUGGCCAUCAACUUCCAGAGGACGACGAUGACGACGACGAGGGCUUGUUCGAUGGCAGUGAUGGUGAAGAUCCAUGGCCCUUCCACAUGAUGCCUAUCCACCCGGGCAUCGACUACGACGGACCCAUACAACUGCACCAUCUCUGGGCCGACGGAGACGACGAGGACGACUUUGACAGCGAUAGUGAGGCUGAUUUGCACGCGUUCAUCGAUGAUGAAGAUGAGGACGAGGACGAAUCGGACUCUAGCUCCGACCGCCCCGGAGGACCUCAGCGAGCGGCUGCGAUCGUUGAUAUCUCCGAUUCUGAAUCGGACCUCGGGUAUCAAGUACGGCACCCCCGACGCUUCAUCAAUUACAUCCAGGAUUCCGACGACGACGUCAGGCUACGGCCUUGGGAGCUUGACGCGUCAUCCGGGGAUGAGUCUAAUCCUCCAGUGCAGUCAUCUCGCAGCCGCUUUGUCGAAUUGAACUCGGAUGAUGAAGAGGACAGCGGGGAAGAAAGUGACGGUAGUGCACUCCAAUUGGUGAUUUCGACACGAGGGAGACAUAAUAUGGUUGUCGUUGAAGACUCUGACGACUCUGACUCGGCAUCGACCAUUGCGCCAACGCGACGACGACGACCGGUGAACAUCGAGAGCGACUCGGAAGAAUACACGUCAGCAGAGGAUUCUCGCGUACAUAUCCACCUCGAGAUUGAAGGCACAGACGAUGAUCGUGAAGACGAUUAUUACAGUGACGAGUCAUACUAGUGGAAGGAGUGGCCCCAAUCGUUAUUCCUCUCCUCUUCUCGAUGCACGUGCCUGCUGGCAAGAAAACGUGUUUGCAA